GGGAUUCUCUGCUUAGCUCUUUUGGUACCCCCAUUUGACGCCUUCUACCGAGAAGUUACUUUUUCUCCUGUUCUGCUUGCCAGCAGCCGGAAAGCAGGGCGGUUGGUGAGGGUGCUGUCCAGAUGCUGAACUAGCACAGGAGAGGCUGUAGCAGCGCUCUGAUGCUCUGAGUCGUAGGCUUAGAAGGAAGACACCAGGGAUUCCCCCUUUCAGGCGUUACACGCUACAUUUGAGCUAACUGAGCGGUGUUUAGCUGAGAUCAGGAUGCAUCUGUGCAGGGGACGUUGCCUAGGCAUAUCGGUGGCCAUAGCACACGGAAUAUUUUCGGGCUCUCUGAACAUUCUGCUCAAGUUUCUGGUCAGCAGGUACCAUUUCUCGUUUCUGACCCUGGUGCAGUGCGCCCUCAGUAUCACAGCAGCAGUCACCCUGGAAGUGCUCAGACGCUGCGGAAAGAUCUCUGUUCCCCCUUACAGCCUGAGCCUUGCUCGGAUCUUCGCUGCAGUAACUAUUCUGUGCACCCUGCAGGCCACCCUGACUCUCUGGUCCCUGCGAGGACUCAGCUUGCCCAUGUACGUGGUUUUCAAGCGAUGUCUGCCUUUGUUUACGCUGCUGAUUGGAGUGCUGGUACUUAGAAACGGGUUGCCCUCAAUAGGGGUAGUCAUUGCUGUGUUUAUCACCACCUGUGGGGCAGCACUAGCAGGGGCUGGGGACCUGAGUGGUGAACCUGUAGGAUACAUAACAGGAGUGAUGGCCGUAAUAGUUCAUUCUGCUUACUUAGUAAUUAUUCAGAAGACUAGUACUGAUAGUGAACAUGGGCCUCUUACUGCACAGUAUGUCAUUUCUGUUACACAAACACCUCUGCUAAUUGUCUUCUCUUUCAUCAGUAUGGACAUGAUCAAUGCAUGGUCUUUUCCUGGCUGGAAAGAUCCAGUCAUGGUAUGUUUAUUUAUUUUUUGCACCUUAAUUGGUUGUGCCAUGAACUUCACCACAUUGCACUGUACUUACAUAAACUCAGCCGUCACCACAAGUUUUGUUGGAGUGGUAAAGAGCAUUGUUACAAUUACAGUGGGUAUGUUGGCUUUCACAGAUGUGGCACCUACGUCACUUUUCAUUGCAGGGGUGGUUGUCAAUACAGUUGGCUCUAUUAUCUACUGUGUGGCUAAGUAUUUUGAAAUCAGAAGACAAAUCAACUAUGAAGACUUGGAAAAGGAAACAAGUAAGGAAGAUAAUAUUGAACUGGGUGGAGAUCAUCCACCAUUUGCAAUGGAAAAUAUAAAACAAGAUGACACUCUUGAAGGACAAGCUCAAGGUGAGCCAGUAGCUGCAUCCUUACAAGAUAAUAGUGAAAAGAAGACAGGAAGCACACUGGAAAAGUUCUUACAGUCAUCUGGCACUCCAGGUCCUUGUCCUAAUGGAGAUAACAGAAAAUCACUUAAAGAUACAUAUCUUGGUGUAUGGAGGCUGGUUAGAGGGUCAAGAUUUUUAAAGAAAGAUUACCUAAUAGAAAAUGAAGAACUUCAGAGCCCAUAAUGCAAAAUAAAUUAAAUUAUUGUGGUGGAAAAGUAUAUUUUGUAUGUCAUGUGGAAAAAUAAUUACUUCAGCAAAGAUCAUCCUAAAAGGAGCUUGUACAUAUAUACAUAUUUAUUUGGAAGUAAACUGGUUCAGUAUCAGUUCAGAUUGCCAAAUAUCUGUUUGCAUCCUUUAUUAUGCUUUUUACAAUGAUUUAGAAAAUGUAUUCGGAUUUAAAUAAGCUCCAAGAAAACCGAGUGGGGCAUGUACAAAGGCUUUAGUUGUCCCAUCACCAUUAUCAUUGUUUCCAUAAAGGACCAAACCUUUUUUUUGCCAUUUUUUUGCCACUUUUUAAAAUGUUAUAUAUAUAUAUAUAUACACAAAGGAUGGCACAC